AUGUUACGCUUUUGGGUUUCUAUUGGAUUUUCUUUAUUAAUUCAUACAGAGUUUUGUUCUGCUUUCUGUCCAAAGAAUGGAAUAAGUGGAUCAACGGCUGGGAGCUGCUUUUUCGGACUCGAACUCAAUAAAACAUUUGAUGAUGCUAACAAUUUUUGCGCAACAUAUUUUAAUGGAAAGCUUGCCUCAAUUACGACUCCUCUCGAUGAUUCAAAAGUGCUCGAAUUGGCAAGAAGUUUCUUCAAGAGCGCCGAGAAUGUAUGGCUUGGAGGCACAUAUGAUGGCUCGAAAAUUGAAUGGCUCGAUGGAUCGCCAGAUGUCUAUCAAAACUUUGUUUCAGAGACAGCACCCGGGAAAGUUGUGUUGAAUUUGAAAGGCGGUCAGUGGUCGACACCCACAUGGAAUUCGAUGAUUCCGUUCAUCUGUCUGGUGAAAGACAACGAUAUCUCAACCCCAUCUCCAUCACCGACUGUCCCUUCGCCCAACACUUGUCCGAACAGCUCCCCCUGUCCCUCGGGAUGGACCUAUAUUGAGACUUUCAAAAGUUGUUAUAAGCUUAUCUACACUGUGAAUGGGGCUUCCGGGGAUGAGAACUGUCGAGUGGCGAACGCUAAUUUAGCUUCGAUUCAUUCUCCCGAGGAAAAUAAGAUUGUCUAUGAAUUGACAAAAACCGGAGUGAACGACCUGCAAGCGUGGAUUUUGUUCGGUGGACAACGGACUGGACUUGGUGUCGAUGAUUGGAAAUGGUCGGAUGGAUCACCGUGGAAUUACACGAAUUGGGCUCCCGGGGAACCGAACAACUACUCCGGGAACAGUUACUGUGUUCGUUUUUACGCCGAUGUAACCAAUCCAGCUAUGACGGCCAAAUGGGACGAUUGGCCCUGUGAUAUGGCCUAUCGAGCAGCGCUUUGUCAACAGCCGGCUAAAUUC